AUGGCGGUGCGGAGAGAGAGAGAGAGACCGAGCGUUGUGCGGGUUAAAACACACCAAUAAGGCCUCGCUCGGGCUGACAGCGUCCUCACGACUCACGGCGGGGGACGCAGGGAAGUUUCCAGCGCAGGAUUUAUUCUUCACUUCCGGUUUUUAGUGCAGGACGCGGAGUGAAAAUUAGCUGCGUCCUGGAUUUCAAAUAGCAACUCGGCUAACACUUCGCUAGCUUGGUUAGCAUCUUCAACUAGCACACGCAACCUUAUUGGCUGAAGCGUGCUCAUGCAAAACAAACAAAUAAACAAAACUUUCCGUGUUUUGCACGCGCGCGGCGGUGUGUGGGAUUAACAGCGCGUGGAUUAAUACUCAGAACUGUAACGCACUCGGACUCGCGGCUUGUCAAAACAUUUGCAUUAGAACUGAUCUCUCCAUCUGAGCAGGUUGUGUUCAGUGUGCCAUUGUUUUCUGCCGGCUGCAGUGGGAUGGUGCUGCAUGACAGCGAGGGCAUGGCACUGUAGCCCCCUCUGCUCCACAUCUCUGUUCGUCUGUCACCAUCACACAAGGCCAGUGCCAGUGCCGUGGACCACAGAGAACACUCUCUUUCCCUCUAUGAGCACCUUUGCGUAAUAAGCUCAAAAUGAGUGCCUCUGGAGAGAGUGCCCUUGACCCUGUCACCCCGGAGUCACGCAAAAGGAAAGGAUCUCCUUGCGACACCUCUGGUCCGAGCGGGGAGAAGUGGCGCAGGGAGCUGGAGAGCCGCUACAUUGAUGAGCUGGCUGAGCUGCUGUCGGCCAACAUGGGUGACCUCGCCAGCCUUAGCAUGAAGCCAGACAAAUGCCACAUCCUCAAGAGUAUGGUGGACCAGAUCCAGCAGAUCAAGCGGCGGGAGCAGGAGAAAUUAGCUCUGAUGUCCCCUGAUGACGAGGUGCAGAAGAGCGACGUGUCCUCCAGCAGUCAGGGCAUGGUGGAGAAGGAGGCUCUCGGUCCUCUCCUCCUUGAGGCCCUGAACGGCUUCUUCUUCGUGGUGAACCGUGAGGGUCGGAUCGUGUUUGUAUCUGAGAACGUCAUAAACUACCUAGGUUACACCCAGGAAGAGCUGAUGACCUCCAGCGUCUACAGCAUCCUGCACGUGGGUGACCACAAUGAGUUUGUGCGUAACCUGCUCCCCAAGAGCCUCGUCAAUGGGGUGCCGUGGCCGCAGGAGCAGGGUCAACGGAACAGUCACACGUUUAACUGUAGGCUGCUGAAGAGACCUCCGGACGAGGCGGAUGCAGAAAACCAGGAGGCACGGCAACAGUAUGAGCACAUGCAGUGUUUCACCGUCUCUCAGCCCAGAGCAGUGCAGGAGGAAGGCGAAGACUUGCAGAGUUGCCUAAUAUGCAUAGCAUGCCGUGUUCCCCGAGUGCCACCGAUUCCCGUCAGUACAGAGUCCUUCAUCACCAAGCAGGACCCCACAGGGAAGAUCAUCUCCAUCGAGACAAGUGCUCUGAGAGCCACAGGCCGGCCAGGCUGGGAGGACCUGGUCCGGAAGUGCAUCUUUGCAUUCUUCCAGCCACAGGGCAAAGAACCCUCCCAUGCCAAGAAGCUGCUACAAGAGGUGAUGACCCAUGGUACAGCCAUCAGCCCUCUGUACCGUUUCACACUUAGUGACGGGACGCCUCUCAGUGCACAGACUCGCUGCAAGUUCUGCUGCCCUCCCAACCCCGACGUACAGCCCUUCAUCAUGGGCAUCCACACUAUCGACAGGGAAAACAACACUGCUAGCUCUCAGGAAAACACUACCCAUAGCCUCUUGUCCGCAGCGGCUGCCCCAGCUUGCUCUCCUGCCAUGCAGCCCUCUGGCGAAGUCAGUCUGCACCACAACAAUGCCAACGGAGGUACAUCUGCCCCUGGCACCACCAUGCCCAGCCGGGUUGCACCUCCCCAGCAGGGCAGUAGCCUGUCACCACUGGGCAGCCCUCUCACAGCCACCCCUACCUCAUUCACAUCUCCCCGGCCUCCCCGAGCCAGCCCAGGCCUGGCAAACAGCCCACGUGUCUCAGGCCACCCUUUCUCACCCCCCACACCUGGCAUUCACUCUCCUGCUGGCACACUGGCACGGCAGCAAUCAGGUGGUGAUGGUAUCCCUUUCUCUCUCCCUUCCCCACUGGCCAGGCAGACUCCCACGCCCAGCAGCUCGCCUGCACGUCCACCUCCGGCUAAACCGCCUGAGCCGUGCCACAACGAUGAACCUAGAAGUGCUAACCCCAAACUCAGCCAGCUUCUGGAUGGCACCUCAGACCACGAGGCCUCACCUGCCUCCCAGAGUCGUUCAGCACCACCUGGCCAAUGCCCAGCGUCCCACAGCACACUCACGGAGCGCCACAAGAUCCUGCAUCGCUUGCUCCAGGACAGCAGCCCUGCCGACGGCACCAAUGAGCCCGAGAUCAAGAGGGAGCCGCCUGCAAGCAGCCCGAGACCCGGCCUGGUGAUGCCAUCUGCCAUAGGAAACUCCAAGCAGCAGCAGGACCACCAGCUGCUGCGCUUCCUGCUUGACACAGAUGAGAAGGACCUGGUAGACCUGCCCCCACCUGCAGUGCUAAGCCUAGAAACAGUGCGAGUCAAGGCUGAGAAGAAACAUGGAGACAAGAGUGGGCAGUGCAGCGCUGUUAGUCCUCCUUCUCCAGCAGUUACAUGUUCAUCCAAAUCCAGUGAUAAGCCCAGCCCGCAGUUCCCCAGUGCUGAUCUGCAUACACUGAACCAGGUACUGCCCACCCUCAGGCCUGUGGGAGAAAAGUCAGUGGAGGAGCCGGGGCUGCCCCAGCAGGGUGGUGACAGUGUUCCCAUCGGAGUGAGCGUGAAACAUGAACCUCCUGGAGUACCCGGCCAUGUGUUUUCCGAUGGCUCUAGUCUCCAGAGUCCGUCUCCCUUUGACUUCUGCAGUCCCUCCACACCCACCCAGGGUCAGGGUCCGGGCCAGGUACUGGGGCAGGCUGACCCCUUUCAGCUACCCAAGGAGAGCAGUAGCCCCUUCAGUGACCCCACCAGCAUUACCAUAUUCAACACCAACACAGGCCUGGCUAAGCUGGAUGUCCCCGAGUCACAGCAGUUCCAAUCCAUGUCCCUGGCUGAAUCCAUGGCAUUUGAUGGCACUCUGGGGAGCCAUGCACAUGCCCCUCUGUCCUCACCUCAAGAGCAAUGUGUUCCGUGUCCCCUGGAUGAGAUGCUCGUCCCGCCCACCACUCCGGAAGCUCGCAAUGAUGAGAAGGCCCUGCUUGAGCAGCUCUUGUCUUUCCUGAGUGGCACAGAUGAAAGUGAGCUUGCUGAGCUGGACCGGGCGCUGGGCAUUGACAAGAUUGUCCAGAGUGGAUGUCUGGAUCAAAUCACCCAGCGUUUUACCCAGGCUCAGCCAUCCACCCCCGUGCCUAGCUACCUGUCCCAGUUCCCCACCUCUCCUUCUCAGUUCCCGGCUGACAUGAGCACGACGCAAGGUAUGAGCUUUGGGGCGUCACGCGUACCCUUCCUGAGCAACGUGAAUAUGAACCCGAUGCGGCCUGGAAUAACCCGAGCCCCAGGGAUGCCCACUCAGAUGCGCUUGCCACCAAACCAGUUAAGGCUGCAGCUUCAGCAGCGUGUACAGGGCCCACAGCAGCUACAGAACAGGAUGGCAGCCAUGAGCCAGUUUCCCCAGGGGGUACCUGUUGCAAUGGGGGUAAGGCAAGGCAUGCAGCAGCCCCAGAUACCGUCACAGCCCCCACUGAAUGCUCAGAUGCUUGCCCAGAGGCAGAGGGAGCUCUACAGCUUCCAGCACCGCCAGAGGCAACUGCUGCAGCAGAAAGUCAUGAUGAUGAGGCAGGGAAUGAACCCGGGGUCCAUGGGAGCCCAGCGCGUCCCCAAAGGCCCUCAGCAGCCACAGCAGCAGUUUGGCUACAAUCCAGGCUACAACCCUGUCCCUGGAAGCAACCCUACCUCUCCCAGCCACUUCAACCCCAUGGGGACACCGCUAGACCCCAAGCUGUCUGUCAGGCUGCCCAUAGAAAACCAAGGCAUGAUAGGAGGCAUGCAGGGGCAGUUUGGCGGACCAGUCAACUCUCCUGUUCGGCAGGGACUCUUCCAGCAGUUCGGGGGUGCAGGUAUGGUCCAGCAAGGAGAUCCAUCAUUCCCCCCUGAACUCGGUCCCACCAGCCCCUUGCUGUCACCACAGAACCCCAACUCCCAGAGUCCUCUGCUUCAGCAGACCCAGCCCCCACCUGGUUAUCAGUCACCUGAGAUGAAGAACUGGCAAGGUGGCGUGACUAACAGUCUGUUUAACCAAACUGGCCAGACUAGCUCGCAGAAUUUUGGCCAGCAGGGUGUGUACAACAACAUGAGCAUCACUGUCUCCAUGGCCGGGGGCUCAGGAGCUGCGGGUUCACUACCUCCUAUUGGACCACCAGUUGGCAUUGGCAACAGCAACCUUGGCAACGUCAGCUCUUUGUGUAAUGAUCAGGUACAGCAAGUUCAAGUGUUUGCCGAUGUCCAGUGCACGGUAAACCUAGUGGGGAGUGACUCCUACCUGAACCAGCCAGGACAAGUAGGGCACCAGAAGCCCCAGGGCAGCACCAGCACUUCCCAGUCGCAGCAGAAGAGCCUCUUACAGCAGCUCCUGACUGAGUGACCCUAACACACACAAACCCACACAACCACACACCUGUGUUGAUGUCCCCAACAACGUCAGAGUUUCUAUUCGUCACCUUCCGGUUUCUGUCUGGGGAAUACCUGCUGGGCUCAGGAUCUGUGGGCCCAGGCUGAUGGCAUUUUGCAGCCUGUUGGACUGCUGAAGCAGUGCUCAUUCCUGGUCACCUACUUUUCAGUCUGCUUCCUCAAUAGGGGUCAAAACAAGUGAAUACAAAGAUUCCAGAAAUUUGCCAAGUUUCUGUAAAAGGACCUGCUGCUUUCUCGCCAGCUGACAUCAAUAACUGGGCCAUCGUCACAGUGCUUCAUGGAAACCGGGGUAGGAAUAUGCCAUGGUUUUGCUGCAGCGAUCCACGUGAGCCUCGGUGAACAGGACAACACUUGGGAGUGUUAAGGUUCUUGCCGCACUGGACAGCUCAGUUUCAGCUGGACCUGUGACUGAGAAGCUCUCCUCAGAUGAUGAGGGAGAGUUUCCCAACAUUUUGUUUUCUCUCUCUCUCACUCUCUCUCUCUCUCUCUGUUUCCUGAUCAGUUUUAUUAAUUUCUUUCAUCGCCUGCUUUGUCAGAACAAGCAUUGCCAGGUUGGGAGAAGAGAAACAUCUCACAUCUGCUACAAGCUUUCCUGGGAGAACUCGUUUUAAAAUGGCAGACAUUUUUAAAAUAAAUAAACGUCCUACACGUCCCCACCGCUCAGCAGCUGUGAAUACGAGCCACUUAGGGUCGCAUCAGCCUAUCAGUGUUGUUUGCCAUGUGUAUUGUGCAGGUUGGUAUUAAUGUACAGCACAAAAGCGGACAAAGGUCAGGACAAGCUCACACGUUCUAAUUUCGUUCUGGAAAAAAAAAACAUUGUCGAAUCACUCUACAACCAACAUUCGAAUACGUCGACAUGGGUUUCAAAACUGGCUCUCUUUUUUUAUUAUAGCUUUGAAAAUGUUUUUUUUUUUAUUUUAUUUUAAGAA